AUGUUCUCCGAGAUCCACAUGGCGGGCACCCCGUUCUCCGGCGCCGAUCGGUGCCGCCCGAAACUCAACGCCAUACCGUCGGCUAUACUGAACACGCACAGUUGCAGGUACCGUCGGCCGUCGUCGGUCCGCCACCCGCCGCCGGUCUUCCACCGACUGCAACUUUAUUUCACACACCAACACGCAAUUGGGAGCCGACAACCACACCAGACCACGCCAAUCGCCGGCAUCCUCCUGACGUUCCGUCGCCGUCCAAGACUAGCCUACGGCGCCAGGAAAUCGAACUUCAAAUUCGAACAUUAA